CCUGGUAUUUAUCUUUCUUUUCCCUCUUUCAACAGAGCGACGCGGCUUGCUAUUCAUCUUUCUCUUCCCUCCUUCACUCGAGGCGAGAAGGACGGCGAACACGAUUAUCUGAAAGGUUUUACUCGAGCAACAGAUAUGUACAACGGAAUAGGGUUACAGACCCCUAGGGGUUCUGGUACGAAUGGAUACAUACAGAGCAACAAGUUCUUUGUCAAGCCCAAGAUUAGCAAAGUUGCUGAAAACACCCGCGGGUAUGAGGCUGAUCAGGGUACUGCAGGUGUUACUAGGAAGCCUAAUAAAGAGAUCCUUGAGCAUGACCGCAAACGUCAGAUUCAGCUCAAGCUGGUGAUCCUCGAAGAUAAACUCAUUGAUCAGGGUUACACUGAUACUGAGAUUGCUGAGAAACUGGAUGAGGCCCGGAAGAAAUUGGAAGCGGAAGCAGAUACUCAGGAAAGCGAUGGACCUAUACCGGUGUCAAUUGCAGAGAAAAAGUUUUCUGACACACAGACCCACCAAAUUGCUGCUAGAAAGGAAAAGCAAAUGGAAACUUUGAAAGCUGCUCUUGGCAUAACUUCAGCUGAAGUCAAUGAAAUGAAUGUAGAAGGAAAUGAUGAUGCACCACAGGCUGAACGAAAAAAUGGUACUGAUGGGGAUGACAAGCAUAAUCUGAGACGUGAACAUGCUUUUUUGGAUAGAGAUUUCACUCGGAAGGAGAAAAUGAUUGAAGGUCAAAAAGUUGAAAAUGAUGAUAAGAAGGGCAUCAAAGACUCAAGGCAAAUCAAGAAGGGUGACGGUCAAAAGAGAAAGCAAAAGGAUGGUUCAUCUGAUUCAGAUAGCAGCGGGGAAAUGGUGAAGAGUGGUAGAAGGAGGCAUCCUAAAGGAACAAGGGAGAUUGAUGAUGAAUAUGACUCUGACAGUGAUGCUAAGAAUGUGGAGGUGGUUUCAAAGAAGAUAUGUAAUCGUCACAAGAGUGGCAAGGGUAGGGAAAGUGAUGAUUCAAGUUCUGAUUCUGGUUCUGGUUCAGAUUCUGACAGUAGUGAUGAUGUGAGGAAAAGAAAGGACAAAUUUAAAAUGGUUCAUAGGAGGCAUGACUCAGAUGAUGAUGAUGUGGUGGAGGAGAAGAAAAAAAGUGUACAUGGAAAACAGAAGCCGAGGAAAAGGCAUGAUUCUGAUGAUGACCCUGAUACAGACUCAGCGAGGGGAUCAUUCUCUUCUACUGAUGUAAGUGACAGCAGCAGUGACAGUGAUUCAGAUAGUGGUUCUACUGAUAAUAGAUACAAGGAUUCCAGAAAGAGAGAAACGGUUUCAAGAAAAAGAAAUGGAUGCAGUGAGGAGGUAUAUGAUAGAAUUUCUCGACCAAAUGUUAAAGGAUAUGAUGUGAAAGAGAAAAAAUUCAGAUUUGAAGCUGAAGAUCUUGAGGGAAAAGGAAAAAAUGGCCCAAAUGCUGAUGGCUUGAACUCAUUGAGAAAAUUUUACGGUAUGAAAGAGGAGAGAAAUUUGGCGGAGGGAUCAAAUAGUGGAAGCCAAGAAAUGAUGAGAAGCAAGAGCAAGCUUGAUGGAGACAGAGGUGGGGGGGAACGGUAUUCUGCAGUAGAUGCAGAGCAUGAGUAUCAUGGGAAGUUUUGCAAGUCUGAGUCUGAAUCAAAAUCUAGGAUGUUUAGUCACAAAGAUGAAAGAGGUGAUUCCUCAAAAUCAGUUAGGCUUAGAGGGUAUGAUGGUGAACCUGUUGAGCAUAGAGGCAGAAAGUAUGGUAGGGAUAGUGAAUCCCGUUUUAGAAAUGGUGAUGAUCAAGAAAUAAGAAGGCAUAAACAGAAUGAUGAUUUGGGAGAGAAAAAAUAUGCAAGGGAUGAAGAUGAUUGUGGAGUGAGAAAAUACAGGAGGGAUGAUGACGACGAUGAUCAUGGAGAAACGAAAUACAGAAGGGAUGAGAAUGAUCAUGGAGAAAGGAAGCACCAAAGGGAUGAAGAUGAUGUUAGAGAAAGGAGGCACAGAAAGAAUGAGGAUGAUGGUGGAGAAAGAAAGCAUGGGAGGGAUGAGGAUGAUCGUGGAGAGAGGAAGGUCAGAAGGGAUGAGGAUGGUCGUGGAGAGAGGAAGCGCAUAAGGGAUGAGGAUGGUCGAAAAGAAAGGAAGCGCGAAAGGCAUGAGGAUGAUCGAGAAGAAAGGAAGCACCGAUGGGAUGAGGAUGAUCGUGAAGAAAGGAAGCGCAGAAGGGAUGAGGAUGAUCGUGAAAAAAGGAAGCAUCGCAGGGAUGAUGUUGACCGGGGAGAAAGGAAGCACCGAAUGGAUGAAACACAGGAUAGGCAAGACAGAGAUCGGGGAAAAGGAGGUUAUGAGAGGGAGAGUUAUAGAGAUUACUCCAAGAGAGCCAGGUACUAAGAUUCAUACGUUAGUGAUAUAGUAAGGGGCAUGAAAGUGACGAUUGACGGACAUGGUGAAAUACGGCUGAGGGAUUGAAAUCGUUUCUGUGGUGCCACGAGAGAUCUUGAAAGUGCUGGGUAGAUGCAAAUGCCAACCACACCACCCUCCCCCACAAAAGAAAAAAAAAAAAAAUCCUUAUCGCUUUCAACAGCCUCUGUCGAAAGUUUGUUUCUGAUUUUCUUUUUUUUUUAACCCCCCCCCCGGGAAAGCGGGGAACUCGUACUUCAACUAUGGUAUUUGUAUUAGCAACUAUGGUAUUUGUAUUAGCAACCACACACCACCCUGGGUGGCAUGCAUGUUCAGAAGAGCAUGUUUAGAAGACGAGGUUGAAUGGUCUCUGAUAGACCUUGCGGAAUUACUAUAGCUCAAUGUUCAACCCGUCCCGCGCUCCAGUCCAUGCAAAAAUCUAGUUUGACUGAAUUUUGCAAUCAUGCUGCUAUUUAGUUAUAUUAUUCAUUUUCCGCCU